AUGCCGCCAAAGGGAUCCAGGAAGAAGGGUUCUGCGACAGUAGGAGGCAACCAGCCCAAGCGUUCGACGCGGUUAACUCGCUCCUCUGUGCGGCAACAAAGUCAACUGCAAUCAAGCAAUGCUCCCUUCAACGUCCUCGCCUUUCUCGAUGAGGCACUUGAGUCGGAGCGAAAGCCCAAAAGGCAGCGUCGACUUGUUCCGGUGCUUGAGGUCAGGACCCCAGACUUGGAUGACCCUCAUCCAGAACAUCGCCGGUCCCCUCCCAUCGAGAAACCACGGCGAAUACGCCGCGAAGUCGCUCCCGUUCAUGUUGAGGCACACACCGAAGCAUCCCAGACGCGCCGGCGGCGGCUCAGUCCUACUCGAGUUGAACUCGAAGCUAAUGUUGACGUUGAGGAACCACCCCGCAAGCGCCCCGCACUCGCUCCCUUUGUACAUGUGCCAUCCCGAGUGCUCCCCAAGCUCCCUCGCUUCGUAAAGAUAUCCUCCCUGAUGGGCCCUGAGCCCUCUUCUGUAGAGGCGUCGUCGUCAGCACGCCCUGCACAUCCUCCCAUAAGGGCACUGGAGCCUGUGCACUCUCCACUCCUUCCCAUCAGGGCACCGUCACCGCACCCCCCGCUUUCUCCCGUGGGUGGAUGGGAUCCAGCACGUGCUGUCCUCCCUCUGCUUUCUCCCAUGAAGGGACGGGACCCAGCACGUCCUGCAUCCCCUCCACUUUCCCCCGUGAAGCGGUCGGAUCCCGCACGUCCUGCUCUCCCUCCCUCAAGGGCGUCGGAUUCAGCACGCCCUCCGCUCCCUCUCAAAAAGGUGCGGUCACCGUCGGGAUUCGCAAAGUAG